AGCUUUUAAUCGUGCACGUGGAUCUGAUACGCCAACAUCCUUCAAAGAAGGAUGUUUGACAGGUUUUGUCUCCAACCUUUCCUUGUUCAUUUAAAAAUCUUAGGUUACGUUUUGUGAAUGUAUAUAUAAAUUCUCGAUUACAUUUACAAAUAUCCGUUGUUUGUCAUUUGUGUUAGCUCUAAAAUAUGCAUAAGGAUUUGUCUCAUUUUAACUAUAUAAUAUUAACGAAACUUUAUAAGAAAAACGAUGAUUCUAUUGAAUAGAAAAAUAUGUCAAGUCUAUGUAUCAUCAGUGUUAUCAAUUGUCAGUGUUACCAAUGGAAAUAUGAAAAGUUCUAUUAUAUGGUGAAAUAUUUCAUAAUAAAGCGGUUAUAUGUUACAUUUAAUUCUGGAACAACGAAGUUCUAAUAAGAAAUGCGUAAGUAGUGAACGCAGUUGAUGUAUCUACGAGUAUAAAUAAUUUAUUUGGGCAUGGAAAAUGGUGAUAAGGUUGAAGAAGAUAAAGGUGAUGAUGUUUGUCCACCUAAACAAGCAAGGACUGAGUCCUUUCAAGCUGCUUUCAGUGAAUUAAAAAACUCAGAAUUUUAUACGGAAGAAUUACCAGGACCGUCAAAAGAAAUCCCUAAGGACUCAUCAAGAUUUAAUACACUUUUAGUCAACACAAAACAAAAAGGAAAUCCAUUAUUGAAAUUCAUAACAAAUGUUCCUUGGGAAUUUUCUGAAAUUGUGCCAGACUAUGUAAUGGGAAAAACUACAUGUGCACUGUUUUUAUCGAUACGAUAUCAUCAGCUUAAUCCUGAUUAUAUUCAUGGAAGAUUGAAAUCUUUAGGAAAUAUGUAUAGUCUCAGAGUUCUCUUAGUUCAGGUAGAUGUACCAGAUCCACAUCAUGCUCUAAAACAUUUAACAAGAAUGUGUAUUCUUGCGGAUUUGACAUUGAUGUUAGCAUGGAAUGCAGAGGAUGCUGGUAAAAUGAUUGAAACCUAUAAAAUUUAUGAGAAUAAACCACCAGAUGCAAUUAUGGAAAGAAGUGAUACAGCACCUUAUCAAAAGUUGGUAAAUGCUUUAACUACAAUACGUUCAGUAAAUAAAACAGAUGCUACAACCCUUUUAUCGACUUUUGGAACAUUAAAUGAACUGAUAAAGACAAAACCAAAUACAUUAGCACUUUGUCCUGGCAUUGGAUUACAAAAAGCACAACGAAUUCAUAAUACUUUACAUGAACCAUUUUUACGUGUAUCAAGAUCUGUACAAAAAUAAGUUAAUAACAAAUAAUUUUCUAUUAAAAAACCGAUGUAUUUAUAUAAUAUACCUUACAUAUAUUUAA